AUGUCCGGCCCCGUCCCCAUCGCCAACUCGCUCGAGGACAUCUACACGCCCGAUGCCCUCUCCACGCAAACAAAAAGGUGGAACAACCUCCUCUCCAAGUUCGAGUCUACCUACGGCCACCAGCCCGAGUUUGUCUCUCGCUCCCCCGGCCGAGUGAACAUCAUCGGCGAGCACAUCGACUACUCUCUGUAUUCGGUUCUUCCCAUGGCCAUCACCGCCGACACCAUCAUCGCCGUUUCCACACAUCUACCAGCUCCCAAAGAGGGCACCUUCAGGAUCCAGAUCGCCAACGUGCAGGAUUCCAAGUUCAAGGCGCGCGAGUUCAACAUACCGUAUGACUCGGUCGACAUCGACUCUACCGUUCACGAAUGGACCAACUACUUCAAGUCGGGCCUGCGCGGUGCUCUGGAGCUGUUGCGCAAGAAGGAUGGCGCGGACUUCAAGCCCAAGAGCAUGCAGAUUCUCAUGGACGGAACCGUCCCUGCUGGCGGAGGACUCAGUUCGAGCGCGGCCUUUGUCACGGCUAGUGCUUUGGCUGUCAUGGCGGCCAAUGGCGAGCAGACGGUUGACAAGAAGGAGUUGACGGAGCUGGCUAUUGUCAGUGAGAGAGCCGUUGGUGUGAACUCUGGAGGAAUGGACCAAUCCGCCUCCGUCUUCUCCGAGCGCGGUUCCGCCCUCUUCGUCUCCUUCACCCCGACCCUCCUCGCCCGCCCCGUCUCCUUCCCGCCCACUUCCCCCGAGCUCACCUUCCUAAUCGCCCAAUCCUUCGUCACAGCCGACAAGUUCGUUACGGGCCCAAUCCACUACAACCUCCGCGUAGUCGAGUGCACUCUCGCAGCCGCCUACCUCAACGCCGUGCUCAACCCACCCGGCACUCUUUUGCCCGGCGACGCCUCUCCCCUAGGAAUCUCCCUCCACGGCUUCCACGAGACUUACUUCGCCCUUGCCGAGCACGACAACAAUAACUCCCAACCCCCCAAAUCCGUUUCUGAACAACUAGAACACCUCCUCCAACUAACCCAGCAAACCUUGACAAAAGAACAAGGCUACACCCGCACCGAAAUCGCCUCCGUCCUCGGCCUCUCGUCCGAGGACGAGUUCAACGCAAAAUUCACCUCCCGCUUCCCCGUGUGCGCCGAGCGCUUCAAGCUGCGCCAGCGCGCCAUGCACGUCUUCAGCGAAGCGCUGCGGGUGCUCAAGUUCAUGGACCUUCUCGAGAAGAGCUCUUCCUUAUCAGCAGCAACCUCGGAGGAGAAAACGGGAGAUGAAUUCAACAGCCAGCUGGGCGCCCUGCUCAACGAGACGCAGGAUUCGUGCCGGGACACGUACGAGUGCUCGUGCGAGGAGAUUGAUCGGAUUUGCGAGAUUGCGCGCAAGGCGGGCAGCUACGGGAGUCGGUUGACGGGCGCGGGAUGGGGUGGGUGUAGCGUGCAUUUGGUGCCGGCGGGUAAGGUGGAUGCUGUCAAGGAGGCGUUGGAGAAGGAGUAUUAUAGUAAGCUGGAGUUGAGCGAGGAGCAGAGGGAGGGGGCGGUGGUGGUUAGUAAGCCGGGGAUUGGAAGUGUGCUUUAUUUGGGUGGGAAGGGGGUUAGCUUGAUCGAUGGUAAAUAG